CGCAUAGUGCCCACACUAAGCUCUCACUCACACAGAUCAAUAUGUCGUCCAACUCCAACAACAUCUUCAAUGCUGUCUCCAUCUUUGAUGGAAAGCACUGGCUUGUAUGGUCCGGAACUAUGGAGUCCUACCUGGAGCAUCAGGGGAUCUCAUAUGUGCUGACCGAAACCGUGCCAACCGAAGUCAAAGCAACUGAUGGCUCUGUGACCAACGCAUCGGAGAUCAAGCAAUGGAAGCAUGAUGAU